GUUACAUAGAUAAAAAUACUAUAGUUACAGACACGUUUUAUAUAUCGUAUUAUGUUGUUACAAUUUUUACUGAGCAACUCCUGAAGUUGCGGUUUUAUAUAAUUCGCUUGAGGAAAUAAUUACCGUAUGCUAACAUAACUUUCCUUUAUUAUUCUCACUGAAAGUGAGGUGAACAAAACAAUAUCAGUAAUAUUAGUGAAGCAGUUACGUUACGAAUAGGUAACAGCUAUCUGACUAUAAAAGAUAUGUAAUCGAAGAUUAUUUUUAUAAAUAUCAUGCUACGUGUAUUUAAUGUUGAAAUAGUUAAGUUUACUUCGUUUCGAGAAAAGCGAUUAGUGUUCCAUUGAUAAUCCGAAACAAAGGACGAAAUAUGCAAAUUCGGCCUUUGUGUGCUGAGCUCGCGAAGAUGGCUCAAGAUGAGCUUAAUGAAGAUCCAGCGAGGAUAGCGAGAGAUGUGCAACAUAUCAAGGACUGGUUGUCGAAGCAACCACAUUUGCGAGCUCGAAAAGAUGACCAGUGGCUGGUAGCAUUCCUGCGGGGCUGCAAGUACAGUCUGGAGAGAACAAAGGAGAAGUUGGAUCUUUAUUACUCGAUGCGUAGUCUCGCCCCGGAGCUUUUUAGCGUUCGGCCUAAUGAUAAAGUUUUUACAGAUAUUAUGAACAAAGGCACUUAUUUGAUACUGCCAAAAUCUGCAACACCAGAUUCUCCGCGGGUAGCCAUUAUCCGACCCGGUAGUUAUGAUCCAGAUAAAUACAUACUGUCCGAUAUAUUUUCGGUAUCUAUCUUGCUUCAAAGGAUAUUGUUAAUGGAGGAUGAUGCAACUGUAAUAUCUGGUGUCCGGACAAUAAUGGAUUUAGAAGGAGUGACACUGGCUCAUUAUCUUCAAAUGACGCCUGCUAUGAUGAAGAAGAUGGCAGUUCUUUCACAGGACGCUGCACCCAUGCGUAUGAAAGGAGUUCAUUACAUAAACACGCCAGCCGGAUUUGAAACAGUAUUUUCCGCUAUUAAGAAUUUGCUAAAUGAAAAGAAUAGGAAAAGAUUAUAUGUUCACAACAAAAAUUACGAAGAGAUGUAUAGUCACGGUAUAAGUAAGGAUAUUUUACCCGUUGAAUACGGAGGUAACGGCGGGACUAUUAACGAAAUAAUUGGUCAUUGGAAAGAUAAAGUACAAAAGUACAGUUCAUGGUUGGAAGAAGACCUGAAAUAUGGAACAGACGAGUCGAAACGGCCUGGACAGCCAAAAACGCCGGAGAGCAUGUUUGGACUAGAGGGUUCCUUCCGUCAACUAAACUUUGAUUUAAACACUGUCUUACUUUAUAGUGCCAAUCUUCGCUUGUGUUUUGAAAACGGUGACAUUUUAGUGGAUUCUUCGUUUAAAACAAUGCCGGUUCGGCCGCUGCCUCCUGCGUUGGCAGAGAAGGCUCGAUUAGAGCUGAACGAAAACCCAAAAGUUCUAGAAGAAAGUAUUCGUCAAUUAAAGCAAUGGAUCUUAAAACAACCACAUUUAAGAGCCAGAACAGAUGAUCAGUGGCUAGCUGCAUUUUUACGCGGUUGCAAAUUUAGAGUAGAACAAAGCAAAAUGAAAUUAGAUCUCUAUUUUUCAUUUAGAAGCACGGCACCAUAUUUGUACAGCGUUAAAUAUUUCGAACCCAAAGUCAUGGAAAUAAUAAACACAGGAGCAACUUUAAUACUACCAAAAACGAAGAACCCAGCUGAUCCAAGGGUAAUAUUAUAUAGAAUCGGUAAAAUAGACCUAAAGCAAUACACCAUAUUAGAUAUCAUGUCAGUGCUCGUACUUCAAGAACAGAUCUGCUUUAUGGAAGAUGAUAAUUUUGUUGUGGCAGGUACAGUCAAUAUUGUAGACUUAGAGGGUGCUAGAGUGGGUCACUAUACUCAAACUUCGAUCAAGCAAUUGAGGAAUUUAGUUGCUGCAAAUCAGGACGCGGUGCCUGUUAGAAUAAAAGAAAUACAUUUCCUAAAUACUCCAUUCUUUUUUGAAACUUUUUUUGGUAUCGUCAGAAGAUUUAUGAGUGAAAAAAGUAAAAAUAGAAUAAUAGUUCAUAGCAAGAAUAUGGAAUCUUUUCAUGAACGCGUACCCAAAGAGAUAUUACCUGAAGAAUAUGGGGGAACGGGCGAUAAUAUACAAGAUUGCAUAGAAUAUUGGAAGAACAAAAUGCGUGACUACAGCUCGUUUUUCGAAGACGAUCUUAAAUAUGGAAGCGAUGAAUCGAAACGGCCUGGAAAAUCGGACCCGGAAGUCAGUAACGAACCGUUUAGUCGCUUAGAAUUAGAUUGAAUUUAAAUUAUUAAUUUAAUGUUAAUAUGAAUUUGCGGAGCUGGGUUUUGAAACAUUAGGUCCAUGGUCGUCUGAUACCAAAAAUUGUAAAAGAUCUAAGAAAGUCUAAGAAACUGCUCCACACUUCUGGUGACCGUAGAUCUGGCGCUUAUUUAGCCCAAAGGCUGAUUCUAGCGGUGCAGAGAUGCAAUAGUGCCAGCAUCUUGGGUACAAUGCCACAAGACAAUCUUUUAGGCGGCGUGUUUUUCUAUAAAUUUGAAAUGCGUCUUUUGUUUUCAUUUGAGUUAUAGUUAUAGAAUAUAAGAAUAAAAAUUAAAUUAUUGUAAAAUGGAAAAAUAAAAGAUUUAUCGAUUUGAAAUAUAAACUUAGUAAGUGUUGCAUAUUAUCAACAAUGUCCCAAAAUUGUGGGCUGUAAAUAUAAAUAUUAUUGAGUAGAAAAUAUUUUUAAGCCAUGUGGAGAAAACAAUGCUAUAUAUAUUUCUUAUUAUUUAAAAAAACUUAUAUUCGUUUAACAAGAUCUCUGUAAUCGAAUUCAGAUGCAUUCGAAAACUUCUGUCUAUCGUGCGCUCAUAGUUUUGGGACGCUAAUCAAGCAAUUACUAUUUUUAGCACCGUCAUAUGUGUAAUGAGGUCAUAGCCAAGAAAAUAGGUUUAUUUAUUUUUUAAAUUAUUUGUCGCGGGUCAAAGCGUUCGUGACUUACAGUCUCGCCACAUCUGUUUGAAAGACGGAUUAUUACAGUUUGUGUUAAUAAUUAUUAUUAUCAGUAUAGUGCAAGUAAAGAAGGGCAGGGUGUAAAUAUUUGUAUAUUGUAACAGAAAUAUUAUACGCAAUUAUAUAUGGUUAAAAAUGUUGAGUUAUCAUUUAAAGAACCUUCAUAUAUAUAUAUUAUAGUCAUACCCUGCUGUUUUAGACGCGUUACAUUUAGAUUUUACAAGUCCGUUUCAUAGUUUCUAUAAGUACAUAGCCCAGCGCACCUUAUUAACUAAUUACCCAAUCCCGGUAGCCGUGUCGGUUCGUUAUUCUUGCUUCGCGUUUUUGCCUUCAGUUUUCAAGAUAUAUACCAUAUUUAUGUUUACUUAAUAAAAAGGCUAUCUAAUACAAACAUUUUUUUAAAUAUGGUAUAAAGAAUGGUUAAUAUUUCUUACAUCAAUAAUGUCUAUGGGCGGCGAUGACCACUUAACAUCAGGUAGUCCAUUUGCCCGUCCGUUACCUAUAACAUAAAAAAAUAUUGCUGUUUGGUGGGAGCAGGAGAAAAUAUGAUAAGUGUGUGGUACCUACAGGAACGGUAUGUCACGGUAUGGCAUGAUAUUGUGGUAUUAGCAUAAAUGGACGAUGGGACUAACCUAUUAUAAUAAAUAAGUACCAAUGUUUACCAGUAUGUUUUAUAAACAUUGUUUUAAAGAUUGAACUUUAAAUACUAGUAAUUAUAUAUAUUUUUGAUAAUAUUGCUAAUUUCAAUUAUAAUUAUCUGAAACCGGAAUGAUAACAAAGUAUUAUAUUAUCUAAAUAAAGCAUUCAUACGUACAAUGUAAAGGAUAACAAAGACAGCCAUUUUACAAUCAUUUAUGUUAUUAUU